AUGGCUCAUGCUAUACAUUCUGGGGUGAUCUCUACCGACCCCGUCUUCGUGGAAGGACGGGUUGAUGAUAUGCUACUUGAGACUAUGGAGCGUGUUCGCUAUGUUAAAAAUAUGUUUGGGGUCCAUAACCCUAAUCCUAGAACCCGUGUUCGACGCCAUGGUUGGAACGGUAUCUUUGAAUACGGUAUUUGUGAAUAUCAUCAACACAACUCGGAUAAAAAUUGUGACACGUUGCCUAAUUAUCCUAAUGGAGAAAAUUAA